ACGGUAGGGGGCAAAUUGGCUAAAAAAAUUAGUUUGAGUCCUUAAUUUUCCAAUCGAAAAGUUCAGGGAGAAAAUCGAAAACUAGGUGAAAGUUUAGGGGGCAAAUCGAUAGUUUACUCAAAAGUCAUUUCUGGUACUAUUUAUUUUACCUUUAUUUUGUCCUUAUCGUUAAAACUCAAAGUUUUCAAGCCCUUUUCAUUAGUUUUCCUUUCGGAAAAUCUUUAAACAAUUGCACACCGUUGUAGGGCAACAAAUCAGUCGUCAGGCAAACUUUUGUCAUGAUCGGAUUAUGAAUCCUAGCUAAUUUUUGCUUUGUAGCUUCAACCUUCUCGUUCUCAUCAUUUAGUGUGUUUUGAUGAUUAGAAGUCACCCUUUAACAAUCAUCUUCGCAAAAUUUGAACCUAGUUAAUUAGAAAUCGCUUAUUAAUCUAAGUCUUUUAUCAAAUAAAAGUACAAGUCAAAUAUAUUGCUAAACACAAAAUUAUUACAUUGUUAGUCAAAUGACUGGACGAUUCUCAAUUAUGUUCAUUCUUAAAAAAUAAAUGGUUUAAUAAUUAUAUCUUGCAAUAUCCAGAAGAAAAUAAAAAAUAAAAAAAAGGUAAAACCCUAGGGGAAUAAAAGCAUCUUGACUAAAACACUUUGUAAGAUUCGAAAACAUGUGCCGAAAUUAUUCAAAAUCCAUUGGCUAUUACUUACUAAAAUAUGUCAAAUACUAUGCAAAGAGAAUAAAGCGAUGGCUUCAACGCCAAGUAAUGAGGGGCAUUCGAGACAAGAAGAAAAACAAGUCGAUGACAUCAAAGCAAAAGAGACUGCAUAUAUACAACUGCAAUUGGAUACGAUGGAAAACAAAGCAAGAAACAAACAUCCACCCAAUCUCCACAGAAAGAAAGAAUAAAACUUGGAGUCGGGAGGUUGUUGUCGAAAUCGAAAUCGAAAUCGAAACCGAAACGAUGUGCUUCAGAGUGGAAUGCAAGCAAUGUGGGAAGACGUCGUGGGGAGGAUGUGGGAAGCACUUGACGAAUCUGUACGCAGGCAUCGAGCAGGGAAAGCACUGCAUGUGCCGCUCAUGGCCUGGUGUUGUCGUACCAAACCAGCAGCAGGGGACGACAGCUACUCAGCAACAAUCUCCGGCUUCUGCCUCUGCCUCAGGCAAGUAAGUAGCUUGCAGUAGCAUAAACAAAUGGAGAUUUGGAAUAAUGGUAGCUAAAAAGCCUUUUGGAUGAAUAUCAUCUUAUCAUCUAGCCAUCUAGGGUUUUGUUUAAUUUAGAUUUGGAAUAAUGAUUGUGCAGGUUGUGGUCAAGACACAUUUGACCCAACUCCAACCUGCCUUUUCUUUUCUAGUGCUUGGAUUUGAAUAAUGUUGAGGAUUACAUGAAGAUGAUAGAAGGAUUUUAUUAUGAAAAAAAAAUAUUAUGUUACGUAAUUGGAUGUAUACAUACUUGAUUAUACAAUUCGUGACACAAUUUUUAUUAUUUUUAACCAACUUAAUAUUUUAUACAAGUAAUAUUAAAUAACGAAAAAGUCGAAACUAAAACCUCCAGUUUGAAUUAAACGCUGAAAACCACCUAUAAGCUCUAUUGCAUUUUCUUCAAUUUUGGUUCUUCAUAGUUUGGCAUCUUAUUGUCUUGUCACCUAGCAUGGUAGGUGAGUCGGUGUGUGCCCAAAUCAGCCUCCCCAAUUCCCAUCCUUCUUUGUGCAUUUUGCCUAAUCACUAGUCACCAAACCACGUGAAAACAAAGGGCUAAUCACAAGUAGUCCACCAUUUGUAUCAUUGAUUACUUCCCUUUCAACUUAAAAAUCAUUCAAAAAAAGCAGGUAAUUACUAUUAAAUCACUCACAAGAUUCCGUCAGAAGCAAAGUGCGGAGGGAGAGAAGAGAUUUUUCUGUGUGUCUGGAACAUAAACACAUAUAUGUCAGUAUUUAAGUGGAGGGACACCUAAAAAAUAUUUCUCUCUGCUUGUAUAAUAACAAUGGCGUAAAAGUCCCUUUUUGGGCAUAUUGAAAAGGCUUAAAUGUCAAAAUAGUCAUUGUGUUUUACUCUAUCGGCCAAUUUAGUCUCUAUGUUUUUAAUUUGGCCAAAUUGGUCCUUGUGUUUGCAUAUGUUAACCAAUUCAAGACAACUUGCUACAAGACCGUUAAAAUUGACAUGUGCCAGGCACGUGAGAGGACAAAAACGUAAUUUAAGAUACACCCAGUAAAUAGAUAUA